GGGGCGGGGGGUCCGGGCGCGGGCCUGGGGCGCAGGCAGCGCCCGCCUGGCUUCACCGGGACGCAGGUGCCGCGAAGCCGCCGCGGCCGGCGGGUCCCGGGACGCGGAGCUGGACGUCCGGCCCGACUCAGUUCCGGCGGUUUGGGCGGGGCCUGGACGGGCCGAGUGGUUCUCCCGCCGACGCGGGCGGCGGGGGCUCCGGGGCCCGGCGAGGAGCUCGUGUGGCCCCGCGCAGCCGCCGCCGCAGCCCGGCCGGCCGUGGGCCCGGGAACGUCGCGUCGCCCCCUCCGGGCGGGCGGGAGCGGAGCCCUGCAGGCCGACGGCGCGGGGCGCCCCGGGGUCCGGGCCGCGGAGGGGGCGCCGGGUGCCAGACGGGGCGGCGCGGCCCAGCGUUCCUGCUCGAAGCGCCGUGUGCUGCCCCGCGGUCCUCAGACACGUCCUCUCCUGUUUGUUUGAGCGUCAGUAAGGUCUCAUUCGAAUAAGCCACUUUUCACAGGUGAAGGUGAGUUAAAUCCAUCCCUUGCGCCGGUGAGAGAGGUGAAGCCACCGUGUCCUCCAGAUGCGUGUGGACCCCAGAUGCUGGUGGAGAUUGUGUAAAGCUUGCCAAAGUUGUUCGCGGUGCUCUUCCACUUUUCUUAGGAAAAUGCAUUUCAAAACCAUAGUGCUCUGUGCAUUUCUAGAAUUUAAGCUCUUUUAGACAACAGAGAUAAAAGACAAAAAUAACUGCUAAUUGCUAUCAUUUUUAAAGCUCCUGUUUUGCACUGGGCACCGUGCUGGGACUGUCGCAGUUAAUUCUCUAAAAUCGGAGGGCGCGGUCAGAAGACCCGGGAGCGUGGACCCGGCCUCCAUCUCCACUCACCGCCGGGACUCUGUCUGGUCUCUGGCGGUACCGGGCCUCUCCACGUGGGUCCCUAACCGGUCUCUCAGACCCUCGCAGGCUGCUCUCCCCAGGGCUGAGGAAGGGGUGGAGAAGGCUGCAGACGAGCGGUGUGUCUGCGAUUUGCUUCAGAGUAAUCCAUUGGCAGAGAGAGUAAGGUAGGAGUAGAGGAACCGAGACCCGUCGUAAGUCGAUCCUUGUUGAAGCUGUUUGGUGGGUACAUAAGGGUUCAUAAUUCUGUUCUUUCCACUUUUUGUUGUUUGAAAAUUUCUAUAAUAGAAAACUUUAAUUCCCUUCCUCUAGCAUUGGACCUCUUCUUGCUGUCUGCAUUGCCACCAGCGUGGUCCACGGGGUUCUCUCGGUGGGGUCCUAGCCCAUCCCCCCUGCAUCCGCCCUGGUCUCCUGGAGGGGCCUCUCAAUUCUGCACCCAGAACGAGUCACUCCUCAGAAUCCCCCAGAGGCUUCUCCCCUCCCCCAGUAAGAGCCAAAGUUCUCUCCAGUGGUUUUCAAGCGCUGAUGAAGCAGACGGCCUCAGUUCUCCUGCCGUGGCCCGCGUGCUAUGCCGCCACGUUGGCCUCCGUGCCUCAGUUGCUCCUGGCCGGUGCCGGCGCUCCUGCCUCAAGGCUUCUGCACUCGCCAUUUGUCUGCCUGGAGCACUUCCCCCUGGGACCCGCCUAGUUCCUCCUUCUCCACCUUCGUUUCUGUAUUCAGAUGUCACGUUCUCUGUGCAAACUUCCCGGGUCAUUCUGUUUAAAAUUGUAACACCCUGCCCGCAGUGCGAUCCGCAUCGUCCAGUGCAUUUCAAUCCCCGGUCUGUCGCGUCACCCCACGGGGAUUUAAGCUCCACAGAGGCAGGGACUCGGGAUACACUUCAGCGUAUCUGGUGCGAGGCAGGUGCUGGGUAAAUAUUCGUGGAGGAAUAGGUCUCCAUUUUACAAAGUAAAAUAAAACAAAACCUUAGGAAUUUCUGACUUGUUCCACACCAUAGAGGUAGGGUUAUCCGUGUACAUUUUGAGACCGGCACGUUGCCGUGUGCAAUGCGGGGUGCCUGGUAAGUCUUCAGAGAGCAGUUUGUGGGGGAGCCUCAGCGUGCCCUAGACCCGGUGGCUGCACUCCCCACUCCUCUGGGUGCUGCCCAGGUCAUCGAGGUCAUGACGGGAAUCAGCAGGUCUAGUAAGCGUGCUUUCUCUGUGCUUUGUUUUUAGGUGGAUGGAACCCCCUCUAGGACACUGUCUGAGUGUCUUCUUUGGGACAGCAGGCCCCUCUAGAUCACAGCUCUGCACAGAGUACAAGUGUUGGUAUUCAGAGUGGAAGAGGCCACCCCAUUGAAGUGACUUCCCUGGUUUAGGCAGGAGGGGCCUCACCCGUGUAUGAACAGACUGCCUCUCCUGGGCCGCCGGAGCAGAUUCGAGGUGAGGAGAAGAGGAGGAUUCUCUGACCUGUCUGACUUCGGUGUGAAGAUCACAAAUGUCGUCAAAUGACGGGAGAUCCAGGAAUCGGGACAGGCGGUACGAUGAGGUCCCGAGGGACUUGCCCUAUCAGGAUGGCACCGUGAGAACCCUCCAGUCUCUUCAUGAUAGCGAGCUGGCCGACAGCGCUGAUCCCCUGCCACCACCGCCUCUCCCGUUACAGCCGCCGUUCGGCCCGGCCUUCUGUUCAAGUGACACAGAGGAACCGGCCAUAGCGCCAGAUCUCAAACCCGUGAGGCGCUUUGUCCCCGAGUCCUGGAAGAACUUCUUCAGAGGGAAGAAAAAGGACCCCGAAUGGGAGAAGCCGGUGUCUGACAUCAGAUACAUCUCCGAUGGAGUGGAGUGUUCCCCGCCGGCCUCUCCAGCGAGACCGGACCCCCACUCAGCGCCCAGCUCCUGCAGAGGUCCUUACACAGGGUUGGACGGAGCAUCCGGUCCCCUGAGAGAGGCCGAGGCGAUGUUCCCCCUGGAGGCCUGUGGGUCUCUGGGCCGCCACACGCAGUCGGCGCUGACCUACAGUGAGCGGGUGGCCGAGUACCACCUGAGAUACUCGUACAUGAAGUCCUGGGCCGGCCUGCUGAGGAUUCUGGGCGUGGCGGAGCUGCUCCUGGGGGCCGGCGUCUUCGCCUGUGUCACCGCGUACAUUCACAAGGACAGCGAGUGGUACAACCUGUUCGGAUACUCGCAGCCCUAUGGCGUGGGGGGCGUCGGCAGCCUGGGCAGCAUGUAUGGAGGCUCUUACUACACUGGCCCCAAAACCCCUUUCGUGCUUGUGGUUGCGGGAUUAUCGUGGGUCACCACCCUCAUCAUUCUGGUUCUGGGCAUGUCCAUGUAUUAUCGGACCAUUCUUUUGGACUCCAACUGGUGGCCCCUAACUGAAUUUGGAAUUAACGUGGCCUUGUUUAUUUUGUAUAUGGCCGCAGCCAUAGUCUAUGUGAACGACACCAACCGAGGGGGCCUGUGCUACUACCCGCUCUUUAACACGCCCGUGAACGCGGGGUUCUGCCGGGUCGAGGGAGGACAGAUCGCGGCAAUGAUCUUCCUGUUUGUCACCAUGAUGGUUUAUCUCAUCGGUGCGCUAGUUUGCCUCAAGUUAUGGAGGCAUGAGGCAGCUCGGAGGCAUCGGGAAUGCGCAGAACAACAGGAGAUAAGUGAGCCAUCAUUGCCAUCGGAAAGGAAAAUGUGUGAAAUGACCACCGGUGAUGACAGACGGAGGGACCAAGAAGUUAAUUUCAAAGACUUGAGAGCAACAACAAUGAAACCUGAGCUGCUGAGCGGCCACAUCCCCCCGGGCCACAUCCCCAAGCCCAUCAUGAUGCCCGACUAUGUGGCAAAAUACCCCGUGAUUCACACGGACGGUGAACGGGAACGCUACAAAGCCGUGUUCCAGGACCAGUUCUCGGAGUACAAGGAGCUCUCUGCGGAAGUCCAGGCCGUGCUCAGGAAGCUCGACGAGCUGCACGCCCUCAUGAGCAGGCUGCCCCGUCGUGCGGAGAACCAGCAGGAACAUGAGAGAAUUUCGAGAAUCCACGAAGAGUUUAAGAAAAAAAAGAAUGACCCUACAUUUCUGGAGAAAAAGGAACGCUGUGAUUAUCUGAAGAAUAAACUUUCUCACAUAAAGCAAAGAAUUCAAGAAUACGAUAAGAUAAUGAAUUGGGAUGUCCAAGCUUGUUCUUAAACCUUGUUUGAAACCACUUUUUUAUACGAGACUCGAUAUUUAUGUCUCGUCUUUUCCGUGCUAGGCCCUGGGAUGGAGGAGCUAGUGCUUCUGGAAUCCGCUCUGAUGGGGUAGCUGGUGUGCUGUGUUCAGACGUUUCAGAACACAUUCCGACGUCCUAAGAAUGGGAGGAAUCCCGCACUCGGCUCUGCACAGUUUCAUCUGUCUCGUUAAAGAUGAACGUGAUUGAGAGGCCGCAUCCUUGAGGCGUGACGAGCAAGUGGACUGUCGCUUCUGGUGCUGCUUUCUCCUUUUUCACUCAGGCGGUUCCUAGGAUUUUUCUAGGCCGAAUUUCUCUCCCUAGCCAAAGGCGUCAUUUCUUCCCUUGAAAGGGGUUUGAAUCCGAAAUCAGCACUUUCCAGCCUCGUGACCUUGGGCAGCUGCCUCGUCGAUCCCUGUGCCUCUCUCCUCCGUGAAACCGGCUGAUCGUAGCUACCUCGUGGGGUUGUGAGGAGGAUGACGUGAGGUAAGACUCGUAAAGCACUUGAACAGAGCCUGGCUCGUUACGAGCACUGCGUGAGUGUCUGUGAGACGUACAGAAGUGUUUGUGAGAUGAACACCACCAGAGAGAGCUCGAGGAAAGGCCGGCCCUUCCCGAGCAAGCCCACCCAGCGAACCGACGAGCCAGGCGUCUCGGACUUCUUCUUUGUGCUCCUCAUGACUCCUGCCACACGGAGCCAUAGGCUGAUGCUUCCCCAUGGUUCUGUGCCCACGGGGGUCCAAGGCAGCCCUGCUUCCUUCAGUCAGUGUCGCUGUGUGCCUGCCUCCACGUCCCCGGCCAGCCGGUCCUGCGCACACCCAGCGGGAGGGUGGUGUGAGUUUGCGGCCUUUUAGGUCCAUCCUAGGCCCUGUGAUGUCAGUUACUUAGAAUCUGCCUUCGAUUUAUUGGGAUGCUUCAUCCCCCCAAGAAUUACCUUGGCUUUGGGGCUAUAUUCGUGAGAAAUGUUUUAUUUUUAUUAGUAUGAACAAUAAACUGCCUAAAAAAAUUGUUUUUAAAAUAUCAUUGUUAUAGGAUCCUAUUCAGCAUCAUCUAUCUCGUUGAUAAUGUCUCAGGUGUAGAAAUACAGUUUCUCCUUAAUAUAACUGCCAUUCAGUCAAUUAAUGUUCAUAGAAUUUUCUAGAGUGAUGAAACCAUAGAAAAGCAUGUGGAAAAGCAGAGGCUUAAAAAGUGUUGUUACCAAAUGAAUGUCCUAGUUUUUCUUUGUCAAUGAAAUUUUGUUUAGUGUUUAUUGUUAAUAUUUUAAUUCCUUGGUUCUCAGCGUAGGGCCCAAGAGUCUUAAGAGGCGACACCUAGGGAAGCGAGGCCCCUCUGGAAGCUGGAACAGCUUCACUUGCUGUCCCCACGUGAACAUUUCACUUAAGAAGAACGCCAGUCUUAAAAGAAACAGAUGAAAUAAUACCAUUUUGGUAGACUGUAAAAAGUUAGAUUAAUAUUGAAAUGAAGUAUUAAGGAAAUUUGACUUUUUGAAACUUUAUUUUACUACAGUCAUAAAUGUGGAUCUUUGAAGACCAAGGUUGUAACGCUGAUUUCAGUGUUGACGUUUCAGUUACUGUAGUUGUGUGUGUGUGUUUAUCAUCUGCAUUUCUAGCAUUCCCUAGAAUGGGCAUGUUCUUGAAAUAGUUUCCAUUUAUCAGAAAAUAAACUGGAAGUCAUUGAAAACCUGUA